GUGUGUCAGCGUGUGUGUGUGUGUGUGUGUGUGACUGUAUGUGCGCACGCUGCUGCUUGGAUCGGUUUGUUGCGGUUUCGACUGGGACUUUAGCGCUUUUCCUCCCGCCGGUGCGCCCUAGGACGCAUAUGGGGAUCUGGAUCAUGGGGUCCUCGUCCCCUUCCUCAUCAUCAUCAGCAUCCUCGUCCGCAUCAGAAGCAGACUUUACUUUGUUUCGCAGCGUUGGAUCAGGAGGAGAGCUCCCUUGAUCGCCUUACAAAAGCGUUGAUCUCCACGGCAGGAGAAACUUUGAUUUGCUUGUUUGUUUGUUUUUUAACCCCGAGCCGAGAUGGAGCUGCCAAAUUUAUUGCUAACGAGCAUUUCUCUGCUCCUUCUUGGAAGGGAUCUUUUCACCAGGGCCAUGCUGAGCGACAUCGGCGACUACGUAGGUACAGACAUUGAAAUAUCCUGGUUGCCCAAUCUGGAUGAUCUCAUGAAGGGCUAUGCCAGGAACUUCCGCCCUGGGAUAGGAGGUCCACCCGUGAACGUAGCCAUGGCUAUCGAAGUGGCCAGCAUUGAUCACAUCUCUGAAGCCAACAUGGAGUACACCAUGACCGUGUUCCUGCGCCAAAGCUGGCACGAUGACCGCCUGUCCUACAACCACACAAACAAGACGCUGGGAUUGGACAGUCGCUUCGUGGACAAGCUCUGGCUGCCCGACACCUUCAUCGUCAACGCCAAAUCCGCUUGGUUCCACGACGUCACGGUGGAGAACAAACUCAUCCGCCUGCAGCCCAACGGGGUUAUUCUGUACAGCAGCAGAAUCACGUCAACAGUGGCCUGUGACAUGGAUCUGACCAAGUAUCCCAUGGACGAGCAGGAGUGCAUGUUCGACCUGGAAAGCUACGGUUACUCCUCUGAGGACAUUGUGUACCACUGGUCAGAAAGUCAGAGGCACAUCCAUGGUCUGGAAAAACUGGAGCUGUCACAGUUCACCAUCACAGACUAUCGCUUUGUGACGGAGAUAAUGAACUUUAAAUCUGCGGGAAGAUUUCCCAGGCUGAGCCUUCGCUUCCAACUGAGACGUAACCGAGGAGUUUACAUCAUCCAGUCAUACAUGCCGUCCAUAUUGCUGGUGGCCAUGUCCUGGGUGUCCUUUUGGAUCAGCCAAUCAGCAGUCCCCGCUCGUGUGUCCUUAGGCAUCACCACUGUCCUCACCAUGACCACCCUGAUGGUGAGCGCCCGCUCCUCCUUGCCUCGCGCAUCGGCCAUCAAGGCGCUGGACGUCUACUUCUGGAUCUGCUACGUGUUUGUGUUCGCCGCGCUGAUCGAGUACGCCUUCGCCCAUUACAACGCCGACUACAGACUCAAAGAGAAGGCCAAGGUGAAGGCCAACAAGCUUGGCUCCGAGUCCAUCGUGAAGAACGGCAAACAGGCCAUGGUCCUGUUCUCCCUGUCCGUCACCGGCAUGAACCAGGGCGUGGUCAUUUCCAACCGCCACAGCCGAGCCCAGCGCUCCGGCAGCGAGAUCCCGGGCGAGGGCGUCUCGGAGGAGUCCGAGUCCAGGAGAAGGUCCAGGCAGAUGAGAGACGGCGAGGAGGAGGAGAAGAAGAAGAAGAAGAAGUGCUGCUCCAAGUGCGUCUGCAAGCCCAUCGACGCCGACACCAUCGACAUCUACGCCAGGGCCGUCUUCCCGUUCACCUUUGCCGUGGUCAACGUGAUCUACUGGGUGGCCUACACCAUGUAAAAGCAGGCCGCCGCCCAAAAGAGGAAGGACUGUACAAAGUCCGAAUACGCGACCGCUGGAGCCGAGACUUACUCCAGCCUGUCCGUCCCAAAUGAGAGUAGUAAGCUUUAAAGACCGUGAAAAAAGAGAGAGAGUGUAUAAAAAGGUGAUGAGCGAGAGAUAGUUUAACAGUGUGCACUUACACACGCUGUGCAGUGCACCCUGCACGCAAUAUUGUUUGCCUGCAGCCGGGGGAGUGUGUUGCACUCUAAACAGCACCCCAGCAAAAACGCCAAGAUGAAGUGUUCCUCCCUUUCUGCAUGGCUGAUAACUCUCUCACCUCGUCGCCAUCGUGCCCUUUCUCGCCCGAUUUUCUCUGCCACCUGUUCAUUUUUUCCUUUUGGACGCUAUCUACGGUCUUUUGUCUCCUUCUUCCACGCCAGCCUGGUCCCCUCACCAAUAAAGGACUUCUUACACCGCU